CCCUAGAGGGGAUCUGAGCAAUGUUUGCAUCCAAAGGGCCUGAGCACCUGCCCUGGCCAUGCACUACUACGGGGACUGCUACAGCCACCUCUGCCUGCCCGGCUCGGGCUGCCUUGCCGAGACCACGCAGCGCUGCCCGCCGCAGCCCGACGCCUGCAGCACCACCUGCCACCCGCUCAGCAUCACCAAGAGCCCCGUGCCCAGAUGGCAGAGCUACACCCAGCCCUUCACCUACGUGUGCCCCAGCCUGAGUGCCAGCCAGGCAGCUCUGCUGUCCUGCCAGCCCUACCUCCAGAAGUGUGUGGUGCUGUACCCCGAGCCCUGCGAGACCACCCAGCUCCUGCCCUGCAGGAAGCCCAGCGUGAAGCUGAGCACUCUGCCGAGCUUCCAGCACUGUGAGACCAACCCCCCCGUGAAGAAGAGGGUGGCCAAGAGCCUCCCCCCCUGUGCCCCCAGGUGCCCAGAGCCCAGCAAGCUGAAGUUCCCCCCGUGUGGGAUUAGGUCCUCGUCCUCCUGCAGGGAGGGCUGCAGGUCGCAGAAGGUCUCCAAGUGCUCCUCGCAGCGCUGCAGCGCCGCAGCCCUGCAGGGGCUCACCAGCGGCUACUCGCGGCCCCUGCGGGGAGCCACCGAGUGCCCCCCCCAGCAGUGCACCGUGCAGUCCUUCCUGGGGGAGUACGUGAAGGGCUUCCCCCACCAGAAGUGCAUGAAGGGCUACCCCACGCAGGAGUAUGUCACCACCUACUCCUCCCAGCCCUGCGUCGCCAAGUCCCCGCCGCGGCCGCAGUGCCCCCCGGCGCAGGGCACCAAGGAGCGCUCCUCACAGCAACAUGCAACCAAGUCCCCCCUGGCUCAGGACGGAGCCAAGCACAAGAGUUCCUCCACCCAGCACCUAAGCAAGUCCAAGUGCCUCCACCCCCGAGCCGCCCAGCACUCGCCGCACGGAGCAGCCAAACGCUCCAGCCCGGCCAAGAAGAGUCGCUGCAGCUCCAGGUGGCUGUGGUGA